AUGAUCGAAGGUGAUGAAGAAGACGAAAUCAAUGAUCAUAAUGAAUACUAUCCGAUUAAGCCAAAAAUUAGAAGCAAAUAAAAGGUGAGCAAGAAUAACUAUGGACAAUUCGUACACAUUUUUAUUCUGGUGUUAUUUCUAGCAAUUUCGAUCUUAAUAUUCUUUAAUUGGAUGGAAAACCAAUCUCAAGAAUUUUAAGAGACAUAACUAUUACCAUUUCAAAAUCCCUAAGACCAAAACAAAUUACAAUGUCCCUAUAAUACAUCUUUUGAUUCCACAACAUUCUCAUGUUUGAAAUGCCCUUAGAAUUGCAUCUCUUGUUAUCAUGAAUAUUAAUCAAGAUGUCUUCAAUGUUCAACUCCUUUCAAAUUAAAACAAAACAUAUGUGCAAAAGAUUGCGUUUCAAUUAAUAAUAUUUGCAUUAACACUAAUAAUACCAAAAUUGAUUAAAUUAAUUAUACUGUAAUCGAUUUAGGUACUCUCCUCAAAAUUGAUUCACUAUUCUAAGUUGAAAUUCACACUUACUCUUCCAAAAAUAUGUAUAUUAUAUUCCCACCUUUGGGUAAUUCCUUCAAUUAUUUUUACCAAUCCUUAUAAUUGCCUGAAUUGGCUAACAAACUUGAAAGCACUAUCUUUGUAUUUUCAACACCCUACACUGAAGUCAUGUAAAUUAUAGAAAACAAAGACUAAUCAGAAGAUUAGUUCAUUUACAUAAAUAGAAUUUAUGAAUUUGUUUAGCCCUAUUUCUAAAAUCAAACUAAGUCCAUAAAUAUUGUCGCCUUAGGUGAAAUGCUCUUUUUUGCUCAUAAAUUAACCACACUUAUAACCUAGAACUCGAAUCAAGAUAUUAAAAUUACUCUCAUACUCAUGUAAACGCAUGAAGUGCAAUUAGAAGAAAGCAUUAGAUUAGAGGAUUCAAAAUUAUACAACAUCUUGUACUAUAUCAAUUAUAAGUGGAACAGUAAUUCUACUUAGGAGUAGGAAGUUGAUAUCAACGAUUAAACCAUUUCUCAAUAAGUAUAAGGUGCCAAAUAAAAAAUAAAUAUUAAUAAGAUCGUCAGUUCAGUCCAUAAUCGAAGAAUUAAUGUUGUAGUUAUUUCAGAAAGGCAUAGCAAAGAUAUAUCAACUAUUUAUUAAAAUGGUUUUAAUUAUUACAACUUAACAUAAAUAUUUUUAGACAAUAAUAAAUGGUCUGCUUUAUUUUCAAAAUUGCAAGGAUUACUCUUAUGA